AGGAGCCCAGAGGAGCGCGGCGACCAGACACAAAGAGCAGUGGAGGGACGAGCGCCCUGGGGACCGUACCCGGAUCGCUUUUCAUCAGGCUCCCGGUGCCCGCAUCCGGACUCGGUUUAUAGAGCAGAGGCUCCCAUUCCUCAGCCUGCUAUGGGAUGGACAACCAAGAAGAGAACCAUUAUGUACUACAGCUCAGGGAUGUCUACAGCAGCUGUGACACCACAGGGACUGGGUUUCUGGACCAGGAAGAGUUGACCCAGCUAUGCACGAAGCUUGGCCUGGAGGAGCAGCUGCCAACCCUCCUUCAGAUUCUUCUUGGAAAUGACCGCUUGGCCAGGGUCAACUUUGAGGAAUUUAAGGAAGGUUUUGUGGCUGUGCUGUCAUCUGGUUCCUGUGUAGGGCCCUCUGAUGAGGAAGGUAGUUCUUCAGAGUCUGCUACUUCCUGUGCUGUCCCUCCAAAGUACACGAGCGGCUCUAAGUGGUAUGGCCGCCGGAGCCAACCCGAGCUUUGUGACUCUGCCACCACAACCAAAUAUGGACCAGAGCAGCAGGCUAAGGGCAGUGUGAAAUCUCCACAGAGACGUUCUGCAUCUCUGGAAAGUGUGGAGAGCCUCAAGUCAGAUGAGGAUGCUGAGAGUGCUAAAGAACCUCAGAAUGAAUUGUUUGAAGCACAAGGCCAGCUGCAAUCCUGGGGUUGUGAGGUCCUCGGGACACCCCGGAAAUCCUGUAGCCCUCCCUUCAACACUCCUGAGAACCAGGUCCAGGGCAUCUGGCAUGAGCUGGGGGUUGGCAGCAGCGGUCACCUGAAUGAGCAGGAGCUGGCUGUGGUCUGCCAAAGCAUCGGGCUCCAUGGGCUUGAGAAACAGGAACUUGAAGAACUCUUCAGCAAACUGGACCAAGAUGGAGAUGGCAGAGUGAGUCUUGCAGAGUUUCAGCUUGGCCUGUUCGGUCAUGAGCCUUCUUCAAUUCCAGAAUCUUCCAGUCCGGUCAAACCAAACAGGACUUGGUCUCAUUAUCAGGAGGAGAAUGGCUGCCACACCACCACGACGUCAUCUCUCGUGUCAGUGUGCUCAGGCCUGCGCCUGUUCUCCAGUGUUGACGAUGGCAGUGGCUUUGCCUUUCCCGAGCAAGUCAUCUCCGCAUGGGCCCAGGAGGGCAUUCAGAACGGCAGGGAGAUCUUGCAGAGCCUGGACUUCAGUGUGGAUGAGAAGGUGAACCUCUUGGAGCUAACCUGGGCCCUUGACAAUGAACUCCUAACAGUUGAUGGUGUCAUCCAGCAGGCAGCCCUGGCCUGCUACCGCCAGGAACUCAGCUACCACCAAGGGCAGGUGGAGCAGCUGGUACAUGAACGUGACAAGGCAAGGCAGGACCUGGAGAAAGCUGAGAAGAGGAACCUGGACUUUGUAAGAGAAAUGGAUGACUGCCACUCGGCCCUGGAACAGCUCACAGAAAAGAAAAUCAAGCACCUAGAGCAAGAGUACAGGGGAAGGCUGAGCCUCCUGCGGUCCGAGGUGGAGAUGGAGCAGGAGCUGUUCUGGGAACAAGCCCGCAGGCAGAGAGCCGUGCUGGAGCAGGAUGUGGGCCGCCUCCAGGCUGAGGAGACCAGUCUCCGAGAGAAACUGACAUUGGCCCUGAAGGAAAACAGUCGAUUGCAGAAUGAGAUCCUAGAAGUGGUGGAAAAGCUUUCGGAUUCAGAGAAGCUGGUCCUCCGCCUGCAGAGUGAGCUCCAGUUUGUGCUGAAGGACAAGCUGGAGCCUCAGAGCAUGGAGCUCCUGGCUCAGGAAGAGCAGUUCACAGCCAUCUUGAAAGACUACGAGCUCAAGUGCAGGGACCUACAGGACCGCAAUGAUGAGUUACAAACAGAGCUAGAAGGCCUGCGGGUACGGCUGCCCAGGAGUCGACAGAGCCCCUCAGGGACCUCACGCACCCACAGAAGGCGGCACCCUGGACAUGGUCCAGCAGGCAAUCCCUUCAUGGGUGACUCCACUCCAGUGAGUUUGGAGACGGAAAUAAUGGUGGAGCAGAUGAAAGAACGUUACCAAGAGCUCAGAAUGCAGCUGGAGACAAAGGUAAAUUACUAUGAGAAGGAAAUUGAAGUCAUGAAGAAAAGCUUUGAGAAAGAUAAAAAGGAGAUGGAACAGGCAUUCCAACUGGAGGUCAGCAUUCUGGAGGGUCAGAAGGCAGAUCUGGAGGCCCUGUACGGCAAGUCACAGGAGGUCAUCCUGGGCCUGAAGGAGCAGCUGCAGGAUGCAGCACGAAGCCCUGAACCUGCUCCUGCUGGGCUGGCCCACUGCUGUGCACAGGCAUUGUGCACUCUGGCCCAGCGGCUGGAAGUGGAGAUGCAUCUGCGACACCAGAACCAGCUGCAGCAGAUAAGGAGAGAGGCAGAAGAAGAGCUGAACCAGAAGCUGUCCUGGCUGGAAGCCCAGCAUGCUGCCAGCUGCGAGAGUCUGUCCCUGCAGCACCAGUGUGAGAAGGACCAGCUGCUGCAGACGCACCUGCAGCGAGUAAAGGACCUAGCUGCUCAGCUUGUCCUGGAGAAGGGACGGCGAGAGGAGAGGGAACAAGAGGUCCUGGCACACUGUUGGAGGCAGCAGUUAAGGCUGCAGGCUGUGAUGAGUGAAGAGCAGGCACAGAUCUGCAGGUCAUUCACCCUGGAGAAGGAGAAGCUAGAACAAACCUACAGGGAGCAGGUUGAGGCACUUGUCCAGGAGGCAGACACACUUCGUGCUCUCCUGAAGAGCGGAACCACUGUGAUGAGUGACCAGCCCGAAAGGAUACCCAGCUCCAUGUCCCUGGGUCUAGAUAGCGGGCAGCAGCCACCAGCCCAGCAAGCUGUCAGCCCAGAUGGAAGGACAGGGGCACUAGCAGAAGAAUGGCUUGGCGAAGGGAGAGCUGAGGGGAAGGAUCUGCCUAGCCUGUCUUGUAGUAUAGAUGCCAUGCCAAGCCCAAGCCCUGUCCCAGUGUCUGGGAGGUCCUCAGAGAGCCUGGGUGUCAGAGACAACCACCAAGGUCCAUUCAUUGCUGAGGAGAGAGCCAUCCCAAAGGAACCAGAGCCUUCUUCUGUCAGGGCCCUCACAAGCCAGGGCCAGAAGCUGUCUUUGCCUACUCAGCCACAAAUACUGGAGCAAUGUUUGGUCCCAACUGCUCUGGACAGGAAAACAGCCCCUGCUGGAGUUCAGGGACAGACUUCAGAGGGCCUGGCUGGGGGUGGUGAAGGUAUCCAAGAGACUUGGCUCCAGUCCAGGGGAGAAGCUGCCAGAAUGAGGCCCUCCCAGACCUGCUCUGAGCUCUCAGAGCCUCAAGAGUCCAGCUUCAGGCACCUUGCCACUCUGGGGGAGGCAGAGGCCAAAGUUAUGUCAGAGAGUGAGAUGAAUGAUGUGAAGACCAAACUUCUGCAGCUGGAAGACGUCGUCCGUGCUCUUGAAAAAGAAGCAGAUUCCAGAGAGAAUUACAGGGCUGAGUUUCAGAGGCUUUCUGAAGAAAACUUUGUGUUGAAAAGUGACCUGGGGAGGAUUCAACUGGAACUAGAAACUUCAGAGAGCAGAAAUGAAAUGCAGAGGCAGGAAAUUGAGGUGUUGAAGAGAGACAAGGAACAGGCCUGCUUUGACCUGGAAGAGCUCAGCAUACAGACUCAGAAAUACAAGGAUGAAUUGUCACAGCUGCACUGCAGGAUCCUUCAGCUGGAAGGGGACACUUCUGCCCUCUACACCCAGAAGGAGGAAAAUCGCGUUGCCAUCCAGCUGUUAAUGCAGAAGCUGGAGGAGGCAGGGUGCCUGGAAGAGCAGCAGGGUGACCAUAUCCAAAAGCUUGAAGUUGAACUUGAACGUGUAAAUGAGGAAUGCCAGCACUUACAGCUGUCACAGGCAGAGCUGACAGAAAGCCUCCAAGAGAGUCGAGGCCAGCUGUACAGUGUCUAGCUGAGGCUGGAGGCAACACAGUCCCAGCAUGGCCAUAUUGUCCAGUGCCUGCAGGAACAGGUGGGUCAGUUGGUUCCUGGAGCUCGUGAAGCUGAACUGCAGCACCUGCUCAACCUCGCAGAGGAGGAGGCUGGGAGACAACUAAAUGUACAGCGGGAAGAAUACAGGCAACAGCUGAAGGCCAGGGAGGACCAGUUGGAGGACGCCGAGGCUAGGUUACGUAAUGUGGAGUGGCUGCUGCAGGAGAAGGUGGAGGAACUUCGGGGGCAGUUGGAGAAGAACACCAGAUCUGAUCUGCUGCUCAAGCAACUGUAUGUGGAGAAUGCCCACCUCAUGAAAGCUAUUCAGCUCACAGAGGAGAAGCAGCGAGGUGCCGAGAAGAAAAACCGUGUCUUAGAAGAAAAAGUUCGAGCUCUCAACAAACUCAUCAGUAAGAUGGCGCCAGCGUCCCUUUCUGUGUAGAGUCCACUGUUUCUUGGCGUUCACGUGAAGGAAUGUCUUUCUACAUAAUGCUACUCUGAUGCCAUAAUUUCCUACGGCUCACUAGCCACACAAGGACGGAUUCCUGUUCACCCUACAAGCAUUCAGUGAAUGUCUACUAUGUGCCAGGUUCUGGGGAAGCAGACGUGGUAUAGUCUGUUGUGGCCAAGAGUCUUGGGUAGCAUCCUGGGUUAAAUCUCCAAGUUUGAUCCUAUUGAGAACAACUCAGCCUCUUGGCAAAGAGCAACAAAGGGAAAGUGGUUGAGGACGUUGGGUGUUGUGA